AUGGAUCCAAGACAGCCGCCACAGCACCCCUUCUCGCGCAAUCCUGCAUCGCAGUACAGUCGCUCUCCUUUCCCUCCGAACCAAACGAACACCUCAACGCCGAAUCAGUCUCCUUUCCCGCCCGCGUCGUCACAUCAGCCCCCGUCGAACCCUCCCUAUGCCGACCACCAGCGAAGAUCCUCCGAAACUCAUUAUUACGGCCCGGGCCCGAGAUCAUAUCCCCAGGACCAGGCCUCUGGCCCUCCUCCUCCUCCAUCCGGUCACUCUCGACACCCGAGUUCGUCCUCGCUGCCUCCCGGCCCCCCGAUGAACAGGAACAUGCCGCCCCCGGCUUCUCCUCCUCAGCCGGGGAACCCGCAACCGCCUCAUCAUCACUACGGGCUGCCUGCACCGAGAGGCCCGCAUCCCAACGCGGGCCAUCCGACCUCAUUCCCGGGCGGUCGCGAGCUGCCGGCACUGGGGUCGAUCCCGAGAACGGGCAGCACCGGCAGCUCUAUGUCGAUAUCGUCGAUGCUUGGAGCACCGCCUCCUCAGAGGGACUCUCAACCUCCUCCAUCGCAUUACGGUCCUCCUCCCGCAACCGGCGCGAGCUCAGGGCCGACUUUUGCACCGUCUAUACAAGCGUCGCCGAGGAUGCACUCGGCUUCUUCCGAGUACCCGCCCUCGGGAUACAGGAGACCUCAAACGCCCGACCUCGGCCGUCCUUACGAUCCAAGAGGCAGCGCCGCCGCAUCGCCGCAGGGCGCUUACUCGACGACACCAGAGGUUCAGCGAUAUGGUACACCACAGGGGGUUUAUCAUCAACGCGGGCCCUCCGCACAGGAUGGAAGAGACCCGAACCGCAUGCCCCCUGGUCCUCCUCCGAGACCCACGAGCCAACCGAAGUCUUUCGCUACAAUGCCUCCGAGACCUGUUGAUAUGGGCCGCAACAACGGCCCGGAGGAGAUGUAUCAGCGUCGCGAGGAGAUGCCCAGAGGCGCGAUGGAAUACAAUCCCGAACGAACCGGCCUGAAAGCGAUGGGUUUCGACGAACGAUACCGCGUUGAGCGAGAGCGUCGCGAGGAGCUUGAGUUCAGGGAACGAGAGAGGAGAGAGCGCCUCAAGAAGUGCCACGCGGUCAGCCGCCUCCGCCAUUUAGCCGCCCACCCGAACAUCGAGAGCAAGGUCCCUGGCCGCCUCGGCAGCCUCAGCCGUUUGAGCAGUCUAGGGUGCCUUACGAUCCUGCCGGCCUGCACGCACGACAUCAAGAGUAUCCUCCUGCCUCCGCUCCCAACUUCCCGAAUCAGACCCAUCCAGCGACAGCUCCUCAAUAUCAACAACCACCGCACGCAGAUCGGUUUGCUCCCCCGAAUCAUGCUCAACAGCCCCUUCCUGGACAGCCACCCCAGCCUCAGCACCAGCCCUUUGAAUCUCCAGAGCGGCAACGGGCCGCCCACCUUCCUCCUCAGUCACAGCCGCCUCCGGCACAUCGCCGCCCGGCGGAGGAAGGGCCACCACCACCGUCGGUUGCGUAUAGCGCAGCUCAUGGCACUCCAAUCUACGACUCCCCGCGCAACCGACCUGCCGAUGAACAUCCCAACAAUGCGCAAAGGCACUUACUGGCGGUUCAAGAGGCCAAUCGCAAGGGUCGCGUAUCCCCUCUGCCGCAGGCAGUUCAAGGCGCCCAGACACAGUUACCAGGCCCGGCUGGAGAGCCCGGUAUCAAGAGCGAAUUCGGACCUGCCAUACACCAACGCGAGUCUUGCACGACGCGACGAGACCGACAGUGCCGCGCAUGAAUCCGGGCCUGACGCUGCACCGAAGGCACCGCGUGAGGGAGCCAAGGGCAGGAGGAGAAAACUCAAGGAAGAAGACAACAAAGGUGACGAUGACAGCACGGGUCGGCUCACGCCAGUCAGUGGGGCCAAGCGUCCCAAGACUCAUCAUCACCACCACGGCGCGACACCUUUCAAAAACGUCAAGGGAACCACGACGCCCGUUCCGUCUCCGACGGGGCUUGCCAGUGACCUGCCGGCUGUUCACUAUCACAACGCACCUCGACCAGCGAACCAGCUCGCCCAUCAAACGAAGGAAGCGCCGGCGAAGGCAGCGGUGCAGAGUCCAACUGCCGUCAUUCCCCCGAAGACGAAAACGAUUGUGAAAUCUCAGGCGGUACUCGAGUGGGUUGCUGAUCGGCCGCGGACUCACUUGGGCGACGUUCUGUACGAACCGGAAAUCAAGCCUGCGAGGCAAAUACCGAAUGUUGUCUCGGACCGCGGUUUCUCGACGACGCCGACGCCGCUUCCCUGGCACAUGAUCAAGGACAAGGAGAACUGCACACUCACUGUGAAGGUGCCGAAGAUCCAUCUCACCCAUGUAUCGAGACAGGAGAUCACAACGCGACGUGCGUUGUGGGGUACCGACAUCUACACCGACGAUUCCGAUAUCAUUGCCGCCUGCAUACACGGCGGCUGGAUCCGAGGCGCAUGGCCCAAGGAGGUUGACACGGAUAUGUUGGAUCUUGACCGAGGCCUCGACGCUCCCGAGAAGGAUGUCCCCGCGAAUAAAAGACGGAAAGAGAAGGAAAAGGAGGAAAAUGCCAGGCAGGAAGCGAACAUGGCCACGUUCCUUGACAAGCCACCGAAGACUGGGCCUGUCAGCAUACAAGCCGACCGGGAUAUGCACGUAUCUGUGUUGAUACUGCCACGACUGGAGAAGUACUCCAGCACGACAAGGUUUGGCAUUCAGUCGCGCGCUUGGGGAGGGCGGGUCAACGGGCGCAUGUCGAUUCACGACGGGCUCAGCUUCCAGAUUAUGGGCAUCCGUUGGGUGACGAACGGCGCCGGUACUCAAGCCCGGCUUCGCGGUAAGGGCCGUCGAGAGCGCAUGCGUCGGGCCAUGGGCGAGAUGAAUGCCGCCAGUCGUGGUCUCAACGGAGCCGAGGUGGAGCGAGAGAAGCAGCGGCUCGACAAGAUUAGGGGCGAGAUAGUUUCUGGUACGUGGUGGAAGCGCGACGAGGCGCGCGAGAAUGGUGUGGGCAAGGAAGAGAAAGUCCCCAGCGAGGGUGACAAGGAGAACAGGCCAGCAGACGAACGGCUCCCUGAUCGGGCAACUAACGGUGUCACCAUUGGUGCGGCGUCGGAUAAGGCCGACAAGAUGGAUGUGGAUGAGAACACGAAGAAAGUCGAUGCUCCGACGUCAUGA